UACUGUGAUGGUGGCAUGUGUUGUGGUUGUGAGUACAACUAAUCACUUUUGCUAGUUUGCAUAGCGGCGGAAGUUCACCUAGGUAACGUUGACGAAAUCACUCUUAAGAGAUACUGAAUAGCUAACUAGAUGAUAGGUCGCCAUAUCGUGCAUAACACUAAGCACGUCGAUCUGGCGAUCCUGUUUUACAGAGACGUCUUCGCACGUAGCGUAUCAAGCCAGUUUAGUCGAUGCUACAUAUUUUGUACCGUCGGUCGCUUGUUUGCUAGCUAAGUUAGCUAACUAGGUAGCCAGCUUUGCGUGUUAUACGUCCGGUUUAACGAAAUGUUAACCUGCCGGCAGCCACACAGCUGAUAUCAUCUUAUUUAAAGCUUGUGAUGUGCCGGGAGUUUGCAUGUUGAGACAUGCACAGAGCAGGACUUGAUGUGCGCUGAAACAGCACGGCUAGUGACGCAUGCCACAGUAAGUUACAGAUAGCUCUCGGGUAGCUGGACGGAAGUCGACAGAUUUUGAUUCUAGGGACAUUGGCGAAAUACGUCGGAUACUCUACGUCAUGCUGUGAAGGUCCAGACGGUCAAGUUCCCGGUGACACGGCAAGGGGGGGGGGUGGCACAUGAUGAAAGGCCUGAGCUCCAGGUGCGCCUUCUUCCUGGGCUUCCUGGUGGGCACGUGCACGCUCUAUUUCUUCCUACGGCAGGUUUGGUUUGAGAGGAGCUUUGCCCUGCCGGCUGAUGGCGGGAGCAGUGGUGUGGCGUCAGGACAGGAUGUGGACGGCAAGAACUGGAAGGUGGAGGGGUCGGCGCUCAUCAACCUGAACCACCCCCACCUUACAGGUGAGGACAGCCAUGUGGCGGAUGAGCUCUAUAAGAAGGUGCGAAUCUUAUGCUGGGUGAUGACGGGCCCCAGCAACCUGCAGAAGAAAGCAAGUCAUGUGAAGGCCACCUGGAGUCGGCACUGCAACGUGGUGGUGUUCAUGAGCUCUGUGGAAGACCGAGACUUCCCUGCCGUGGGGCUGGGCACCGGCGAGGGCCGUGACCAGUUGUACUGGAAGACCAUCCGUGCCUUCCACUAUGCCCUGGAACACCAUGGUGAUGAGGCUGACUGGUUCCUCAAGGCAGACGACGACACCUUCGUGGUGGUGGACAACCUGCGGUGGAUGCUGGCCAACCACACGCCUGAGGAGCCCGUCUACUUUGGCAAGCGCUUCAAGCCGUAUGCCAAGCAGGGCUACAUGAGCGGGGGUGCGGGCUAUGUCCUCAGCAAGGAGGCGCUGAGGAGGUUCGUGGAGGGCUUCCGCACUAAGGUGUGCACCCACACGACAUCCGUGGAGGACCUUGCACUGGGGCAGUGCAUGGAGAAGAUGGGUGUCCUGGCGGGGGACUCGCGAGACACACUGCACCGCGAGACCUUCCACCCCUUUGUGCCUGAGCACCACCUCACAGGAAAGUUCUCCAAGAGCUUCUGGUACUGGAACUACUGUUACUACCCCAUUGUGGAGGGACCACAGUGUUGCUCAGAUCUGGCCAUAUCCUUCCACUACGUGGACCCUGAGCUGAUGUACAUACUGGAGUACUACACAUAUCACCUACGUGCCUACGGUUACAGGCACCGUUACCAGCCCCCUCUGCCCGGGGGUUUGGAUAAACUGUCCGAGACAGAGACGGAGGCAGAGGCUGGCAAUAAGGAUAGUGUGGGAGCGGCAGGCCCACAGGCUGAGGAGCAAGCCAAGGUAGAGACGGUGCAAGCGAACAGAGUCACACCUGCCUCAGAGAAGAAUCCCUCAGACAACCGAACUGUAACAUCACAGGAAAAAUAGUAGACUUUCAAGUACCUGCAAGUGUUUGUGUUGGAUCAGAUAUUUGUAAUCUGUGUGAUCAUACAUGUAAAUAGGUGUAAGAAUGCAGUCCUGCACACUUGCAGUAGUGUGACCCAAUGAUAAAUUUCUUUUAUUUCAAUGCUGUUAAUAAUUUCAGUCUAACAGCUUGUAAAAACGCUGUCUUGAACAUUUAAGUAACAGGUGGACACCACAAAAAACUAAUUGAAAUAUUUGGGCAUGGCUGGAUAGUAUUAAGUUUGGUCUCUGUGGUAUUGUGUUCUUUUAUGCUUGAUAAAGAUACAGAAUAUAGAUUACACUCAUGUGCUUGUGUACAGAGAAUUUGAUAAAGACCUGCAUUGGUUCAUCCCAGAGAUUUUGAUUUUAGUAAGCAGUUGAUUUUUCCAUCCAUGAUUUAAAUAAGCACAUUGUUCCCUCAUGUUAGAAAAGUGGUAAUGUUUGGUAAUGGUUUAAUUUUUUUUUUUUUUUUUUUUACACAGUCCUUGUAAAAGGGUCAAUUUUAUUGGGAUGUGUUUAGGUUCAGAGUUCCCACUUGUAAGACCAAAACUGUUUGGUUUUAAAGAGGAGGAAGAGGAGGUGGGUUACAGUAGCAUGUGUAUUUGGGUUAACUGGUGUUAACUAUGUGUGUGUCAUAUAAGUCUUCACAUACUAAUUUACGUCCGUUGUUUGUUUAGUGUGAGGUAGAAUUAUGCCAUUUCCUGAAGCAGUGGGGGAAUUUUAGGUCACCAAAAAUGCAACUGAACCACUGAAUUUGAAUCACUUGAAGAGUCUAUUCAUAUUGUAUAGGUUUGUAUAGGUUCAUGAAAUAAUUUGUAUAAAAAAGGAAAGAAUCUUGUGAUAUUGAAUGCUAUUCUGGUGGCUGCUGUUUCUAGACCAGCUGAGUCUUCUUGCAAAGAUGCCUUAUUCAGGUCCUGUGGAAGGGGUGGGGGAUUCUUUGUUUGUCUACAACAGCUGUGGAAGCACUCAGAGGGACCCCAGCUGUGUGCGUGCUUAAUUUGGCCAACUUGGCAGUACGAAGAACACUAAAGCACUGAGGAGCUGGUCCAAAUGAGGAAAAUGGAGACUAGUGACCUCGUCAUUACAGUCCCUCCAUUAUGUGAGCUUGUGUACUCAUUUUGUAUUUUUGUGAAGAGACACAAUUACUGAAAACGAUACGCAAUAUUGUUCAUUUUGUUGCUGAUGUACUUCACUUUACAGUCAUACCAAAUUUUUUUUUUGUUGGUGUGUGUAUGUAAGUUACAAAUUUUCUUUAUUAAAAAAAUAAAGAAUAGGAUUGAUCUUCGUUGGCACUGCCAGUUUAUGACACUGUGUUAAUUAGGCACGAGAUGAAAUAACAUCAUUUGGAAUUUCUCAAAAUCAUAAAGUGACAAAAUGUUUUGUGGCCCUGUGGACAAACCUCAGAAUAAAAUAACCA